AUGCAGGAACAGCUGAUGGAGGAUGACUUUGAUGAGAGCGAAGAGGAGAGCGGAGGAGACUCUGAUUGUGAGGCGCCACGGCCCAGCGACAAGAGCUUCGUAGCCCAGUUGCGCGACGAGUUGCAGAAGAACCCUCUCGACACAGAGCUUCAUGCUGCGCUGGUCAGCUCCCUGCGGGAGGGCGCCCAGCUAGAGCUUUUGCAGAGGUAA